AUGGCCAUGCAAUGCACCGAUUCUCCUCUUUUCGGAGUCUGGACACCUCAGAAACAUCUCAACCACCUAUACUAUGGAGCGGGAUGUGUUGAAAAGCAUCUACUGAGCACCUUGCCCUCCUCAUCGUCGAAAGUCUUCAUCCUUACUGGAGCGUCGAUAUCUGCCAAAACCCCAUUGAUCCAACGACUUGAGGGACUUUUGGGCAAGUUUCACGCUGGAACGUACACCGGUAUCAAGCAGCACGGCCAAGCAGAAGGCGUCGAUGAAGCCACAGAGCUUGUGGCCCAGACGGAGGCGGUGGACACGAUCUUGUCUGUGGGAGGCGGGUCUCCUAUCGACUCAGCCAAGACGGUCUGCUUCCGCAUACACGAAAGAACCGGAAAGUUACUUACCCAUAUCACGAUUCCCACGACUCUCAGCGCGGCCGAAUGCACCGCCGGCGGUGGUUUCACGCGUUCUGAUGGCACCAAGGUUGGGUUUAUGCAUCCAUCCAUGGGUGUCGCUACCAUCCUCUACGACGCCUCCUUUGCUCGAUUCACCCCCCAGUCUCUCUGGCUAUCGACAGGCAUGCGGGCGGUCGAUCACGCAGUCGAGACCAUGUACCAUCCGAACGCCUCGGAAAUGCCUUGGAAGGCCCUCGCGUUGUGGUCCGCGGCGGGCUUGGCCGAAGGGCUACCGCAGUCGAAGCUCGUCCAUGGAUCCGACGACGGCAACGACGUGACAACAAAGCUGCAGCUCGCUGCCUUUGCCAGCUCGGGACUACGCGGUUCCAAUUUUAGAGGCGGCAUGGGUCUUUCGCAUUCCCUGGGCCAUGCCCUCGGAAGCCCGUAUGGCAUACCUCAUGGUGAAACAAGCUGUCUCACUCUGGCCCCUGUCAUCCGCCACAAAGCAGAGAAUGACACAAUGGCCGCUACGCAGCUCGCCCGCCUUCUGCCAGCCAUGGGCGGUCAGCGGCGAUGCGGUAGCGACUUGUCUGACGCCCUCGAAGUCGCACAGCGUGUGGAGGAUUUGGUGGUAGACCUCGGGCUCGCACAGCCAACCUUGUCCGCCCGCGGGGUCGAUCGAGAGCAGGCUCGCGUUAUCGCAGCAGAGAUUCCUGGAGAAGAGGCAAAGGACUUGAUUCUUGGAUUGGUUGAAGGGCUAUUCUAG